AAAGAAGGGAAUGGAUCAAAAUGCUUGUGCCGAAUGUGGAUAUACAACGGCCGAUUUAAAUGAAUUUAAUAAACAUGUAGAAUGGCAUGAAGAUUUAAAAGAAGGAGAAGAAAUAUUUGAAACAAAUGAAGAAGAAAAGUUAUUGAAAGAAAUUAAGGAGGAAGAGGAAGGAGAAUUUUUAGUAAAAAAGAAAAAAAGAAGACUAAAAUUUGAAAAUUUAAAUGAAAAGAAUUUAACAGAAUUAGAAGAAGAAAAGCAACAAAAAAUGGAGGAAAGUGACAAUUUAAAUAAUUCAAAUAAAAUGCUUGGACAUUUGGCUGAUUUGGGAAGAUUUUUAAAUGAAGCUGUUGCUGCAACUAAUAAUACAAAUAAUUUAAUAAUUAAAGAAGAAAAUGUUGAAAAUAAUUUAAAUAUAUUUUGUAAUAAUAAUGAUAAUAAUUGUUUUUUACAAGAAGAACAAACAACAAAAAAUAAUUUAAAUAAUAAACAACAAAAUGGAGAGGAAGAAGGAAUAAUAAUUAAAAAAUCAACAAAAAAUAAAAAAUUAAAUAAUAAAAAACAAAACGGGAAUGGGGGAGGGGGAGGAGGUAAAACAACACAUAAAUGCCCCCAUUGUACAUUUACUACAUUUAUGUCUCAACAUAUGAAAAGUCAUCUGAGAGCACAUGAUAAUUUUGUUGGUCAGAUGUAUAUUUGUGAUCUUUGUGGAAUGGCGUUUUCUCAAAAAGCAAAUAUGCAUAGACAUAGAGGCACACAUUCUGGAAUCAAGCCAUUUGAAUGUAGAUUUUGUCAAAAAAAAUUUUUUCGAAAAGACCAGAUGCAAGAACAUUCAAUGACACAUAUAAAGACAGGAAAUGAUUUUGAUUGUCCGGUUUCUGGUUGUUCUUUUAAAUUUUCCCAACAUAAUUUACUUAAACAACAUCUCGAUCAAAAACAUGCCAUUUCCCCUUCUUUACAGGGACAGUGCAAACUUUGUAAUUUGCAAUUUUCAAAUGCUCGACGUCUUUUAAUGCAUUACCAAACAAAACAUGAGGAAUAUGCAAGUAAUGAUUCACCCGUUCUUGAAGGGCAAUCGCCGGUGAAAAGAUUAAAUAAUUGUUUAACAAAAACAACAUCUCCUUCCUCACCAUCAGAAUUACCAAUAGAAACAUCCUCCUCCCUCCAACAACAAAAUGAUCAAAAUUUUUCUUUUCCCUCAUCGUCUACCAAAAAAAUUGGACGAAAACCAAGGAAAAGGCCAAGAUUGUUAUUAUCCCCUUCGUCCUCAACUACUAUAAAUUCUUCAAUUAAACAACAAAUAAAUAAUAAUAAUUUAAUAUUAGAUAAUAAUUUAAUUAAUUCAUCAAAUCAAUAUUCAAAUAAAACAAAAGUUUUACCAGUCAAUGGCUGUAUUUCAUUUUCCCCCGCAACAUUUUCUGAUGCCCCUACAACUUCUACGUCUAGCACUUUAAAUGGUUAUAACGUAGAAGAUUUAUUAAAAUUAGACUGUGGUGGAAGUGAUAAUAAUACAAAUACUAGUUAUUAUUCUUCCCCCUCUUCCUCAUCCUUAUCUACAAAAGCACAACAAAACCUUCAAUUAUCAACAAUAUUUACUUCAACGGUACUUAUUAUAAGGGAUGGGACGGGGAACUCAAAACGCAGACUUUUUUCGACCCUAAACUCCACUCCGAAUUUUAGGCUGAAUAUAAAAGCUUAA